GGGAAAUUGAGAAAGAGAGAGAGAGAGAGGGGAGAAAUUUGGAGGAGUCUCCACACAAGUAAUCACGAUCGGUUCGUCUCUUUCCCGUGGAAUUGUUAGUUUGCAAUUCACCACAUUGCAACAUGAAGAUUGAAGAUGCUGCAAUUGAUGAUCAUAAUGGUGUAUCAUUGCCUGUUUCCAAAUAUUUUAAGACUUUGGAAAAGGAACUUCAUAAUGAACCGGAGAACUUUCAUAGAUUCGUUCUUCUGCUGAAGGAUUUCAGAAACAAGAGUAUCGACCACGUCGGCAUUCUACUGAACCUAAAAGAAUUGCUUAAACAUAAGCUCCACUUAUUUCAUGGCUUUAAGGAAUUGCUAAACGAGGUCGAUUGUGUUGAAAGGAAGCAAACUAAAGCUGAACUUGCUUUUCUGUAUGUUUGUAAAGUUAAGGAUCACUUUCAUAAUGACCAACGAUUUCAGAUAUUCACAGAAAUUUUUACCAAGUUCACCAUGAACAAGAAGACAAAAGUUGAAGUCUAUCAAGAGAUGCGAGAGCUCUUAGGGAGCCACAAAGAGUUGUUCGAAGAGUUCAGAAAAUUCUAUGAUGCGGCGCCAGAAACAAUGGUGCCAGAAACAAUGCCUCUCCCUACUGAACCAUCUGGUGCAACUCUGAAGAACCAGGAUGGCAGGGAAGACUGCAGCAAGGAAGAUCAAGAAUGCAAUGAGUCAAACAUAGGGCAUAAAAAAGCGAAUUUGGUCGAACCAAAAUCAUCCAGCAAGCGAAAACGUAUGCAAACGGGUGACAUUAUCAUGGCAAAUCAUCAGCAAGAAGCAGGUGGAUCCAUCGAGCCGGAUGUGAGAAUGGGCUAUGUGAAUAAUGAAAUGGAUAGGGUGGACAAAGCAAAAUCCUGUCAAGGAGAUAAAGCUCCGGUUGCAGUUGAUGAAAUUGUCCCAGAGGCUAAUAAAGCUCCAAUUGCAGAUGAUAAAAUUGUCCCAGAGGUUGAUAAAGCUCCGGUUGCAGAUGAUGAAAUUGUCCCAGAGCCUCCGGUGUCUGAAGGAGAUGAUUCAGCUCAAAAUGAUGAUUCAGUUGCAGCGAAUGGUUCAUGUGGAAGAUCGGUCAGACUCGUGGACCAAUAUGAACAAGAAUUAUUUAAAGCGGAAGAUGACAGAUUUGAAAUCGACGUGCUGCGAAAUUUAGUGGCUUCGACUGCUAUGCGAACAGCGGAUUUGUUAAAGAAGAUAAGUAACAAGACAGUAGAGCAGAGACCGCUUCGUCUUGAAGACCACUUUACUCAAAAAUGCCUGUGGUGUAUCGAAGAGAUGUAUGGUGAUUACAGUCUCGAAGUGAAGGAAGCUCUACAAGAGGAUCCUGCUAAGGUGCUGCCCGUUAUACUCGCGCGCCUAGAGAAGAAGAAAGAGGAGAUAUCGAUUUUGAAAUCGCAUUUCGAUACGAUUUGGAGGGUUUCUUCUGAGAGGAACUAUAAAUUGUCCCGUCACCUACAGAGAACUAAACUUAGGCUGCAGAGAACUAGACCAAGUAUCAGAACAUAAAUAUAUUUUUGCUUCUGGAAAUUUUUCUUUUUUUUUUUUGGCAGUACACUCCUGUGAUGUGUAGGUCUGUAAUUUUUGGCGUUGUUUGUUGGUAGGUUUUUUUUUUUUUUUUU